AUGACCUGGCAAUAUUUUCAACUUCUUUCCCGAUGCCGUGCACCCGCAGGUCCUGCCAGCGAUGUCUCUGGGGCAGAAGUCCCGACCGAACAUUCAGAACGACAGCCUUCGUCCCCUCAGAACUCGAGUCCCCACAGCCGAGGCUGUGGUCGCGGUGGCCCCACGCGGGAAGAGCUCGGCUCUGCAGUUAACCCCGUCCGAGCCGGCCGUCCCCACCGCGGCCCGAGCGCCUCCGGCCCCGCAGCACAGAGCGCCCUAGGCCGGCCGCCCUUUCCCGGCUCUGGAAAGCCCGGCGGGGCCGUCAGCUUCGGGAGCGGCGACGGGGGAGCAGCAGGAGGUGGUGCGGAGACCCGAGGCCCCUCGUACCCGGCCGGGCUGACGCGGCCCCGCUACACACAAAGCGCUGCAGCUGCACGGGGCGCUAUUUUCCGAAAAUGCCGCGUCUGGUCGGCGCCCAAAAUCCCCACCGAAAAGUCCUCCGUGCUGCGCGCGGAGGGACACAUGGAGCGAAAGCCUGGCACAACAUGUAGAAUAAAAUUAAUAUGUGAAAAUGUAGAUUUCUGGAGUCUUUGUCCUCUCCUUUCCUGCUAAAGAAGCAAGAGUCCAAAGGUAGGAACUAAAUAUGUACUGCACCUUAAGGGAACUAUGGAACAGUGAACUGACUGAAAGAUUCUUCAAGAAUUUAUUUGACCAUUAUUCCACGUAUUUGUGUCUUACCGUUCAAGAUACUGAACUGAUUCUCUCAUCUCACUUUCAGAAGAUAAAGAGCUCAAUUCUAAAACAA